AACUCUCCUUCGCAUGUUUUAAAAUUUUCUUUUUUCCCUUUUGCACAUUUUUUUUUUUUUUUUUUUUCUAAUUAUUUUUCAACGCGCGAUACCACCACCAUACGAAUAAAAAUUAAAUAUAUGGCUGCGCUGUCAUUUUGCUACGCACCACCUUUAUCGGGUCAGUACACCCAGUAUGUCGCUGAGGAUGAAGAGUCUAUAUUAUCCCUUCUUCAAGAAACAUGUCAAAAUAUCAUGACUUCUACAGGUUGUCAAAUAUCAGUUCUGACUACAAAAUCUAAAAAUCCUCAAUUAUCUCAACACACUGACUAUAAUCUGUCGCUUACUGGCUCAGCUCAAGCUUUAAUGGACGCCCGUGGUGAUUUGCUUCGAAACUGUCCACUCGAGAUCAAAUUGUCUCUCCAGAUUCCACCUACCUCCAAAUUACCAGUAAUGUCUGAUCAUUUCGAAAAACUACAACAGGAAUUACACACAAAGAUUACCUUGCUGCCUGAAAAGCUGCACCACUCUUCACUCAUCUCUGAUAAUCCAGUGACAAUCGAGAUCGUGGGUAAUCCUACACAAGUUGAGCAAUGCCGCGUGCGUGUUCUCGUGCUCCUUGACGAAAUGAAAUCAUUCAAGACUGAAAUUGUUCGAUUACCAUUAAAGCUGCAAUAUCUUAUCUGCGGAAGAAAGAGAGCCGGGCUAUUACCCAUUAUUGAAGAAACUUCCACCAAUAUCUACUUUCCUUCGCCUUUUGCAGACACAAACACGCAAUCAAGUACAACCGACGAAAAAGACCUCGAGGACGAAUGCCAACCUGCAAUUUAUAUUACUGGAGAACCCAGUAAUGUCUCAAGAGUCAAAGACAUGUUGAAUAAAUUGGCUGUUCAAAAAGCAAAAUCAAUGUACCACAAAGACACUGCACUUUAUGCAAGAAAAAUGGAUUGGCUUUUAUUACAUCGUCGUGAUGAAUUACGUAAAAUCAUGCACGAUAAUGGUGCCUUUAUUGAAUUUCCUCCCAUCGGAUCAGGGGACAAUCGUGUCACUGUCUAUGCUGAAAAUCGUGUGAACGCUGAACGUACAUUAAGAGCGCUUAAUUUCCAAGCAUGUAAUAUAUACGAAGCCUGCUUCUACUUUAAUAAUCGUGAUGGUGCUAUCUAUGACGCUACUGGUGGACACACAUUUUUCGAUUCUACCUCGAACUUAUCAAGCCUUGUAUCACAACUCUCCCAGGUUUCUGGAUCAGAAGUCGUUUACAAGAGCGACCCAGGUUGUAUAGAGGUAUUAGGUGCCGAACGUGCCAUUCGAAAUGUCUAUCAACGUCUUCAAGAAAUGCAGUUCCUCCAGAUAUUCCACCAAUACACUAUAUUCCGUGUUGAAUCUUCAAACGAACAGCGAGACUUCAUCUCUGGAAAAAAGAAUGGCAAAAUCAACAAGAUUAUGAAAACUUCCGGGGCCAAAAUUAGAUUUAUGCCCUUCAUCAACGAUUAUAAUUUUAUUAUCGAGGUCGAAAGCACCAGUUUCACAAAGGCCUUGGAUGGUCUCACUUUACUCCAAGAAGAAUUACCGGCCGAAAUUUCUUUCUAUGUCCCAGAAUCGUAUCAUAAACGCAUCAUCGGUGUCGGGGGUAAGAAUAUUCAACGCAUCAUGAAAAAGUACGGUGUUUACGUCAAAUUCUCCAACACUGAAGAAUUUGCUUCCCUCGGUGGCUACUAUAACAAUCAAGACAACGUCGUUGCUCGUACUCCUAUGAAGAACCAAAUUAAUCUAGAUAACCUACGUCAUGCUGUCAUGGAAUUGAUUCAUCCUAAAGAUCGUGACUACAUCAUUGAAACCAUUCGUAUCCCCUUUGGCUUCCAUCGCGACAUGAUUCAUGAAUACCAAGAUAACUUUAUUGCCGAAGAGCUGAUCAAAAAGACCAAUACCCAUGUUCUUUGGCCCGACGCUGAACUUGCAAAUAGUAAUGUCGAGUUACUUGGUCCAGAAGCACACAUGCCACUUGCUUUCAAAAUGAUGGAGAGUAUUGUACCAGAAGCAUAUGACUUACAUCUUCCCCUUAGUACCGAACUUCAUGCUGCCAUCAGGUCCAGUCACUUCAAUGAUAACGUAGUGGAAUACCUUCAUCAAGAAUACGAUAUCGUAGUUGAAGCAAUAUCCUUUGCUGAACAAUCUUCUGGGGAUGAAGAUGGAUUGAUUCGUCUUAGUAUGACCAAGGACAAAAUCAAUUCUGCUUUGCACGCAGCUUUAAGUGUUGUCAUCGAUUACUUGGGAGGCCAAAAUGUGGACUUUUAUGAGAAUACCACAGCAGAUGAACUCUUUGCUCAAGUGAAUAAGAGUCAAGCUUUAUCGUCUGGUAACAAUAGCCAUCAUCUCUUGGAUGCAGCCGCAAUGUUGAAACAACAAACACAAUCGCUUGUUGGUAAUCAAUCUUCAGUUUCAAUGAUGCGUUCUUCAAACGAUGCAAUCUAUAACGGCAAUAAUAUCAACACCACCAAUAACCCUAGUCCAACUCAGGCAUAUCAAUUCUUCAAUUUCCAAAAUGAUACUAAUAUUCAACACCAUAAUAAUCCCCAUCUUAACCAUACUAAUACACAUAAUACACCUAAUAAUAACCCUCUUGACGGCAGCGGCUGGACACCACCCUAUAUGCAUCAACAAGGAGGAGGAGGACCUAUACCAUCUGUCUCUACUUCGGGCCAGUCAAAUGGCAGUAGUAGUAAAAAUGGCGAUAAUCUCCGGGCUAUAUUUGAUGCCCCCAUGGAGUUGACAGAGCAAGAACGGGCCGUACUUUCAAAUUAUCGCUACCAAAGAAUGAGUAUGCCUCCUACCACAAACUUUGGAUUCCCUCAGACUGUUCCCACAGCUCCUAUUAAUGAUAUUUGGUCUACGCCCUCUCAGAUCCCCAGCAGUAACCGUAGAUCUACCGGAUUCACUUCAGCAAAUAUGGCAAGUCCCCCUUCAAACCCACGCCGAACUACUGGAAACUAUUCCAACACAGCGAACGAUGCCAUGCAAAUGAGGAUGUUUAAUGAAGGUAGUAAUCCUAGCUUUUACCCGGGAAGGAUGCAAACCAAAAAUGAUUUCAAUCCCUACAACGAUACAGCACCACUGAAAUCCAGUCAAUCGAUGCCUGAGCCUAUGCUUGAGUCACAUUUCAAUGGGGCGGCGACGAAUAUGGCACCCUUUCAAGCGUCGCCAAACUCGUUUCAACACCAUCAACAAUUUGCUCAAUUGAAUCUUGGAAAUUUUAGUAGACAAUCUAACCCUGGUGGUGGUUUUGUUAAUAAUAAUCAUAAUUCACCUCCUGAACAUAACCAACAAACGCAUCAAUUUUAUCCAAUCAAUGAUGAAAUGAAUGUUGUACAUAGUAUAUUGGAUAAUUUCCCAUCAGGUUCGUCAGGUUACGAUCCUCGUCGUCAACCUCCUUCGGAUCAGGACAGUAAAGGAUCAAGACCUCCUCCAGGAAUAGAUAUUUAAGUGAAAUAGGGGAAGCAGACAAAAAACACUAAAAAAAAAAGAUAUAUACAUAUACGGAUUGGCCAUAAAAAAACAAAAAAAAAACACACACACACAGACACACACACUCAGAAAACAUUACAAAAAAAAAAAAAUGAAAAUAAC